UCAACGAUUGUAGGAGCAGGAGACAUACCAUGGAUUGAUUUAUAACCAAGAAGUUAGUGAGUUCAAAUCUCCUUCCCAAACGAUGAUUAAAGGAGGUUAUCAGUGAGGAGGAAAGACUUAAUUUAAUUGAAAAUUUUAAAAUUAAUUGACAUAAUAGUCACGUUUCCUAUGAUAUUUGAUAUUGCCAAUAUCAAUAGCCUCAAAAUUAAUGCCAACAGCCUUAUGGGCUGUUACAUGUAAUGACAGUUCGUCUUCUUCAUAUGCUCUUCGCAGAGCCUCAAAAUUCUGCACUUCUUCAUGGACAUGGCUUCCACAUAGUAGCCUCCAUUAGGCUCCUCUCAUACUACAAACCCAAGACCCAUCCAACCAAGAACUUACCCAAACCUCCGAAACUUUUGGAGCUCAUUUCUCCGAAGGGAAAUGUCGCCUCUAAAAGUCGCCAAACCCAUCUUCGGCUCAUACAGGACUUUUUACGAACAGAUACGGAUAAAUGUCGACCCCAAACCCUCUCCCACGGUUUCGUUGCUCCUCCAUUCGUUUCAUCUAAGGAUUCCUCCUGUGUUUUUGAUCAAGAACUUGAAUCGAGUCAUUGGGAUCUUCAUUUGCGCGCUGGAAGAUUUAAAUUCGAUGCGAACGAUAUAUCCAGCGUUGUGAGUUCGUGCAGUUCUCAGCGUAAUCUCCGCGGUGGAAUUCAAUACCAUUCUGUGGCGAUACGGACUGGGUUUAUCCCCAAUGUGUAUAUAGGAAGUUCACUGAUAAGUUUGUAUGGGAAGUGCGGGGAGUUGAAUAACGCAUAUAAGGUGUUUGAAGAAAUGCCUGUGAGAAAUAUUGUGUCAUGGACAGCCAUUAUUGCUGGGUUUGCUCAAGAAUGGCAGAUUGGUAUGUGCUUGGAGCUCUUCCAACAGAUGAGAAGAAUGGAAUUGCGACCCAAUGAGUUUACUUUUGCCACCAUAUUGAGCGCUUACCCUGGCAGUGGAGCUCUUGGAGUAGGGAGAAGUUUUCAUUGCCAAACAAUCAAAAUGGGCUUUGAUUCUCAUGUCCAUAUUGCAAAUGCUCUGAUCUCAAUGUAUUGUAAAUCUGGAGCUCUUAACUUUGCAUUAUACAUAUUUGAAGCCAUGGAAGUGAAAGACACUGUUUCCUGGAACUCCAUGAUUGCAGGUUAUGCCCAGCAUGGACUCUCUCUGCAAGCCAUUGAUCUUUUCAAAGCAAUGGGGAAGCAGCAGCAAGUCAAAGCCGAUGCGAUCACUUUCCUCGGUGUCCUGUCCUCUUGUAGGCAUGCUGGGCUUGUGGAAGAGGGCAGAUGUUACUUCAAUCUAAUGCUCGAGCUCGGUUUUAAACCAGACUUGGAUCAUUAUUCGUGUGUUAUUGAUCUGUUUGGUCGAGCGGGGCUGCUGACAGAGGCUCAGAACUUCAUUGAGAACAUGCCCAUAUCUCCGAAUUCAAUCAUUUGGGGAUCGCUUCUCUCUGCUUGCAGGCUUCAUGGGAAUGUCUGGAUAGGAAUCCAGGCUGCAGAGAGUAGAUUGUUGCUGCAACCCGACUGCGCGUCGACGCACUUGCAGUUGGCUAAUCUGUAUGCAAGAGCAGGGCAGUUGGAUGAUGCUGCAAGAUUGAGGAAGAUGAUGAAAGAGAGAGGGCUGAAGACUGCUCCUGGUUAUAGCUGGAUUGAGAUUCAGAAUAGAGUUUAUAGAUUUAAAGCAGAAGAUAAGUCAAACCCUCUAAUGGUUGAAAUUUUUGGUCUUAUGGAUGGCAUAGUGAAACACAUGAGAUGUGUAGGCUGUCCUCCUGAAGAGGACGACUUUGAUGUUUUACAUGAAACAUUUUGAUACAACAUUUCUUUUUCCUAGUAAAGAAUUUAUUGGUCCAUAAUUUUAUUGAAUAACUUUAGUUUGUAACA